AUGGGUGACUCAACCGAAUCCCCAAUUCCCCAGACGGCGCCGUCAAGGCCGUUGCCCUUCCGUGAGGAUUGCUGGUCGGAGGAGGCCACAUCGACCCUUGUCGACGCUUGGGGACGGCGGUAUUUGGAGCUUAACCGGGGAAAUCUCCGGCAGAAAGACUGGCAAGAAGUUGCCGACGCUGUGAACGAUCUUCAUGGUCACACGAAGAAAACUCGGCGUAGCGAUGUUCAGUGUAAGAAUCGGAUCGAUACCCUGAAGAAAAAGUACAAGAUCGAGAAGGCCAAGGUUGUAGAAUCGAAUGGGACUGUAGCGAGUUCUUGGCCGUUCUAUUCGAGAUUGGAGGUGUUAAUUGGAGGAUCAUCUACUGGGUCAGUGAAGCAAAAGAAUGUCACCCAGCAAAAUAAACUUGUUUCUGUGAGUACUGCUUCACACUUACAGAUGUUAUUGCCAUCACAAGCCCCGCCUAUGGCUGUCCCUCUUUCGUAUAAAUCAAUUGCACAGCCGGGGAUGGGUGGGACACCGGUGGUGCUGCCACAGAAAAGGGCGGCACAGGCUGUGGAUGAUGGGUAUUUUCGUAGGAAUUAUUCGGCCGUGGCAGCAGCCGCGGCGAAGGGGGUAGAGGAGGAUGAGGAUGAGGAUGAAGUGGGGCGUGAGAGUGAUGAAAGUGAAGAGGGAGGGGAUGGGGACAUGGAGGGUGGGAUGAGGAAGUUGGCGAGGGCGAUUGAGAGUUUUGGGGAGAUGUAUGAGAGGGUUGAGGGGAUGAAACAGAAGCAGAUGGUGGAGUUAGAGAAGCAGAGGAUGCAGUUUGCUAAGGAUUUGGAGGUUCAGAGGAUGCAGUUGUUUAUGGAUACUCAGGUUCAGCUGGAGAAGAUCAAGCAGGCCAAGAGAUCAGGCUCUUCAGAUGUUUUCUGUGAAUUUGAGAAAAAUUGGUUUGUCGAGUAUGGGAUGGUGUUCAUUUGA